GGGUAAUUACUUUCAAAUAAAGAUUUUUUUGUUGUUGUUGUUGGGGAGGAAAGAGACAGGACCAGGACCGGCCUCCCUUUGGUGAGGGAGAUUUUAAACAUUAAGAAUACUGGGAAGGUGAGGUGUAGCGGGCGAAGCUGUAGGGCCAGGGCUGGCCUUGGGAGGGGUAAAGAAAAGGUGGUCAUUACAAGCGGCAAAGGAAGGAAGGGUGGGAUUCAGAGAAGGAGGGAAGGCAUCAAGAAUAGAGCAACCAGAAAGAGCCUCCAGUGGAGAUGAAGCAGGGGCUCGGUGGGUUGGAGAGAGGUUGUUGAAUUGGACGCUAGCCGAUGGCGGGAUGUCAUGGCCUGCCCUUCUGACUGGGAUCCUGCCUGAAAGCUGAACGAGCCCGGUAGCAGCCACCUGACGUCCAAGAAGGCUCGGCUUGGUCUCAGAGUCUUCAGUUUUCCCUGGGCUCCCAUGUAGAGGGAAAAGGAACUGCUGCAAAAUAAGAGCACCAGGAGUUUUUGCAAGCUUUCGUGUUUCACAUGUGUCAAGUAAACUGCCGCCUCUUAGACCCAGGACUGAGUUGCACUUCUUUCAGGGUCGGCUCCUGCUGCUUUGCUGUAAAGGAGCACGGUGGCGGAGGCCACAGGAUGUGUUGGCAGGCAGGAAAUGGGGCUCCUCAAUGCUCAGGAUGAUCAGUCAGACUAGACUGUUUGCGCUCAGUGGAGUCCGAUUGUUCUUCUGUCCCCAGAAACUUUGCUUUUCUCAGGCUGCGGAAGGCAUGACGUUCCGAAACAUCCAGAGAGUCCUCUGCGUGGCAGAGAAAAAUGAUGCUGCCAAAGGAAUUGCAGACAUCCUUUCUAACAGCAGGAUGAGGAGGAGGGAAGGAUUUUCCAAGUAUAACAAGAUUUAUGAAUGCCAGUACCACCUCUUUGGCCAGAACGUCACGGUGGUGAUGACAUCCGUCUCGGGACACUUGCUCUCCCAUGACUUCAAGCUACCCUUUCGAAAGUGGCACAGCUGUAACCCACUUGUCCUUUUUGAUGCUGACAUUGAGAAAUUCUGCCCUGAAAACUACAUGGACAUUAAGCGAACCCUUGAGCGAGAAGCUCAGCAGUGCCAAGCUCUGGUCAUCUGGACAGACGGCGACCGCGAGGGAGAGAACAUUGGCUUCGAAAUCAUUCAAGUCUGCAAAGCAGUGAAGCCAAGCCUCCAGGUGUUCCGCGCCCGCUUCUCUGAGAUCACACCGAACGCCAUAAGAGCGGCCUGCCAGAACCUCACCCAGCCAGAUCAGAACGUCAGUGAUGCCGUCGAUGUUAGGCAGGAACUGGAUCUCAGGAUUGGUGCUGCGUUCACUCGGUUCCAGACUUUGAGGCUCCAGAAAAUCUUCCCUGGCGUUUUAGCAGACCAGCUGAUCAGCUACGGGAGCUGUCAGUUCCCGACGCUGGGCUUUGUGGUGGAAAGGUUCAAAGCCAUCGAAGCCUUCGUUUCCGAGACCUUCUACAAAAUUAAAGUGACUCACGAGCAUGAAGAGGGGACGGUGGAUUUCGGCUGGAAGAGGAACCGUCUCUUCAACCAUACAGCAUGCCUCGUCCUUUACCACAUGUGCAUGGAGGACCCAGUGGCCACAGUGGUGGAAGUUGGAAGCAGACCAAAGAGCAAAUGGAGACCGCUGCCUCUGGACACUGUGGAACUCGAGAAGCUGGCUUCCCGUAAACUGAGGAUAAAUGCUAAAGAAACCAUGAAGAUUGCCGAGAAGCUCUACACUCAAGGAUACAUAAGUUACCCCCGAACAGAAACCAACAUUUUCCCCAGAGACCUCGACCUUUCGAACCUGGUUCAGCUCCAGACACAAGACCCUCACUGGGGAGCCUUCGCACAGAGGAUUCUGGACCAGGGUGGGCCAACCCCACGUCAGGGAAAUAAAUCGGAUCAGGCCCAUCCUCCCAUUCAUCCUACAAAAUACGGAGUGAAUCUGCAGGGGAACGACCAGCGGCUGUACGAAUUCAUUGUGCGCCAUUUCCUGGCCUGCUGUUCCCGAGAUGCAAAAGGCCAGGAGACGACAGUGGAGAUCGACAUAGCCAAAGAGCGCUUCGUCGCUCACGGGUUGAUGAUCCUGGAGAGAAAUUACUUGGAGGUCUAUCCGUACGAGAAGUGGAGCGAUAAGGUCAUCCCCGUUUAUGAGAAGGGGUCUCGCUUUCAGCCCACCACCGUGGAGAUGGUCGACGGGGACACCAGCCCGCCGCAGCUGCUGACGGAAGCUGAUCUCAUUUCCCUCAUGGAGAAACACGGCAUCGGUACGGACGCCACCCACGCGGAGCACAUCGAAACCAUCAAAUCCCGCAUGUACGUGGGGCUCACGCCGGACCAGCGGUUCCUUCCAGGACAUCUAGGGAUGGGGCUGGUAGAAGGCUACGAUUCCAUGGGCUACGAGAUGUCCAAGCCUGACCUCCGAGCUGAGCUCGAGGCCGACCUGAAGCUGAUCUGUGAGGGCAAGAAGGACAAAUCCGUGGUGCUGAGGGAGCAAAUCCAGAAGUACAAGCAGGUCUUUGUAGAAGCGGUGCAGAAGGCCAAGAAGUUGGAUGAAGCGCUGUCUCGGUAUUUUGGAGACGUGACUCCUGUUUCAGAACAGGAAGACAUUUACCCCGCCAUGCCCGAUCCCAUCAGGAAAUGUCCGCAGUGCAACAGCGACAUGGUCUUGAAGACCAGGAAGAACGGAGGGUAUUACCUCAGCUGCUUGGGCUACCCCGCCUGUAAAUCCGCAGUGUGGUUUCCCGAUUCGGUGCUGGAAGCCAGCAAAGACGGCUCGGUCUGUGAUGUGUGCAGACCCCAUCCGGUGCACAGGUUGAAACUGAAGUUCAAACCGGGGAGCCUUCCGGCCACGAUGCCUCUGGAGUUUGUCGGCUGCAUCGGAGGCUGUGACGAGACCUUGAGGGAGAUCCUGAACCUGAAAUACCUGCAGGGCCCACCCAGGCCCGGCCAGACGGCCAGCCAGCGGACUAACCCUUUACAAGCCAACCAUGCUUUGAACCAUGUGGGCGGCCACCAAACCAGCCGCAGCCUCCCGCUGGUGGGCCCCAGGGCGCCCUCUGCGGGGGCAGUCAGGGAUCCCUCCGCUUCCCUCGUCGACUCUGACUGGAACAGCAACGCCGUCGUGUGCAACUGUGGGCAGGAAGCCCUAUCGCUGACCGUCCGGAAAGAAGGGCCCAACCAAGGCCGGCAGUUCUAUAAAUGCAGCGCCGGGACGUGCAACUUCUUCCUGUGGGACGACCGGCAGACAGAGGGCACAAGCAACAGGACGGCCAGGGGCUCUGCCCCACCUUCGGGGUCCUUAACAAGGGGGGGGCCAGGCUCGGCACGCUCCCGGAGUGAAGGUGCUGAACCAGGAGGCGGCGGCAACGGCGGUGCCGUCUGCAGAUGCGACCAGCCGGCAGUCACGAGGACGGUCCAGAAAGAGGGACCCAACAAGGGGCGGCCGUUCCAUACCUGCUCCAAGCCCAGAGAGCAGCAGUGUGGGUUUUUCCAGUGGGCUGAUGAAAACCUGGCACCAGCGCCGGCAUCCGGCUUUCCUUCAAACCCCUUCACGGGCGAACGGAGCGCGUGGGGGUCGGGAGCCAAAGCGAAAAGGUCCGACAGCGAUUCUUCCCUGAGGGCACCGGCCACCAAGAGGCAACGGACCUGCGGCCUUUGCCACCAGCCGGGCCACACCAGGAAGACGUGUCCGCAGAAUCGCUGAAGCAGGCCAGCCCCACCGGACACA